AUGACGAUACUCAUUCAAGAAUCAUUCUUUGGGUUGACCAAGAGCUGGCCUUCGAGAACUUUUGGCAAGCUGAAGAGUCACUCGGCAGUUUGCCGAGUGAUAGUGAUCUUGGCGAUCAUAAGCUUUUAUUUUCUUCAACUUCUUCAGCUUUACCGCUCAUUUUUGCCUGGAGAGAGUCUACCUUUUGUGACUCCAUAUAUUGCUAUGAAUUGUGAUAUUCUUCCAGAGCAACUUCUUGGGCCCUUCAGUGUUUCUAUACCUGUUGGCGAGUCAAUUCUAGUUGAGAGUUUUUAUCGUGAUUGUGUCAUUUAUGUCAAUCACAAGGACACCAUGUCUAACUUGGUUGAGCUAGAUAUGGUGGACUUUGAUAUUAUUCUAGCGUUCAUGGACCUUAUGAGCAGAGUGUUUAAGCCUUAUCAUGAUAUGUUUGUUAUCGAAGAAAUGAAAUACGAUCUUAACGCAAUUAUAGUGCAUUACGGACCUUCAAUAUCUUCAGGACACUAUUACAUCUUCAUUCGUUAUGCUCUAAAUGAAUGGUAUAAAUUUGAUGACGAGAAGGUUGCUUUUGUUCAAGAAGAUAUUGUUUUGGUAGCAGAGGCAUAUAUAAUGUUUUAUUCAAAGAGAGAUGAGUCAUCUCUGAAGCCUGAGCUCAACAAAAUUGAUGAUAAUGAUUCCCCGUGGUUCACUCACACAAAUUAA